AUGAACGAGGAUUGGAAUAUCGAUGGUCGGGAGGAUGUGCUUGCAGGAGGAUCGGGAACUCUCGAUCAAAUAAUGGAUUCAUUAGCAAGUGGAUUAGAUUCAUUCAACACAACAAAUUUUCUAGAAAGAGAUAUUGGUCAAGAGAUGCAGAUAGUUCCGUGCACGUUCUCCGGAUUAUUCGGGCAAUGUAAGAAAGAGCAUAAAGCGAUUCAGAAAAAGAUUCUGAAAACAGGGUUGAGAGAUGGGAAGGAGUUAUCAAAUGCUGUAUCUUUGAAGAAAGUAACCUUCGAUGUAGAGAAAUUUGCCGCUGAUGAAUGUGGUGAUGCGGUUGAACGCGUUGAAGCUAGGGCUCGAUUAGCCGUAAAGUUAGGAGCGCGACCGUCGAAAAAUAGUUAUCUUAAUUACAAACAGCUUAAAAAGGAACUAAACGAAAACAUGUGGAAAGAGGGUAGUAAAUCAUCGGAAAGCAAAAGUAAUGGCGACAAAACAAGCGAUGAACGCAAAAGUGAUGAUGUUGUUGAAAGAAGUGAUGAGGAUUCGCGUUCACGGUCGCCGUCGGAGGCAUCUAGAUCUCGUUCACGCGAUCGCAGGCAAUCGAGUUCAUGCUCUCGCAGUGGUUCGAAAAGUCAUUUAAGAUCAAGUCAUCGUUCGAGAUCUCCACGAUGUCACCGCAGUAGUUAUGAUGAUCGUAGAUAUACAUUUUCUCGACGCGAUGAACCAGAACCAUCUCGAUGCCUUGGCGUUUUUGGCUUGUCCCUUUAUACAACAGAACGUGACCUCAAAGAAUUAUUCUCGCAGUAUGGAGAUUUGGAUAACGUUCAAUUGGUAUUUGAUCAUCCAACCGGACGUUCACGCGGUUUCGGUUUUGUUUAUUUUAAAAAAAUCGAAGAUGCCAUGGAAGCAAAAGAGCGAGUAGCCGGCACAGAAAUUGAUGGCCACAAAAUUCGAAUUGAUUAUUCGAUAACGAAACGACCUCAUACACCAACACCUGGCAUUUAUAUGGGAGCUGUAGAUUCGCGUCGACGCGCUGCACCUCGGUCAUAUCGUCGAAGUCCGUCUCCAUGUCGUAGUUAUAGACGAUAUCGAGAUAGCUCACCAAACAGAUACUACAGCAGAGGAUAUGAUUACGACGAUUAUGAUCGUUAUUCACCACCGUAUCGUGACCGUUACAGGCGUAGUCCGUCUCCUCGUUGUUACGAUGAUCGUCAUCGGAGGCGUUCUCGAUCUUAUGACCGUGACAGGGAUUAUUAUUGA